GGGGCGGGGGGAGGGGCGGCGCGGCGCCCGCGGUUUCCCGCCUCGGGAAUUCCCGGAGCCGCAGGGAAGUCGUCCCCGGGGAGUGAGCGCGGCUGUCCCGGCCGCGGGAGGAGGCAACUUUGACGUCGGGUUUCCCGCGGCCCCCGGCGUCCUGGGGCCGGGAAGCGUCGGGCGGGUAGCGGUGGCCGCCCCGUCCCUGCCGCGGGGAGAGAAGAGACCAAGACGUGUGGCUGCCCGCUCGCAGGUCCACAGCAUGUCCUCCUCGGGCCCAGCUGCAGAGGGAGAGGGAACCCCCGCCCAGCCCGCGUCCGAGAAAGAACCCGAAAUGCCCGACCCGAGAGAGGAAAGUGAAGAGGAGGACGAGGACGACGAGGAGGAGGAAGAGGAGGAGGAGGAAGAAAAAGAAAAGAGUCUCAUCGUGGAAGGCAAAAGGGAAAAGAAAAAAGUAGAGAGAUUGACCAUGCAAGUCUCUUCCUUACAGAGAGAGCCAUUUACCAUUGCACAAGGAAAGGGGCAGAAACUUUGUGAAAUUGAAAGGAUACAUUUCUUCCUGAGUAAAAAGAAAACAGAUGAACUUAGAAAUCUGCAUAAACUGCUUUACAACAGACCAGGCACAGUGUCCUCAUUAAAGAAGAAUGUGGGUCAGUUCAGUGGCUUUCCAUUUGAAAAAGGAAGUGUCCAAUAUAAAAAGAAGGAAGAAAUGUUGAAAAAAUUUAGAAAUGCCAUGUUAAAGAGCAUCUGUGAGGUUCUUGAUUUGGAGAGAUCAGGUGUAAAUAGUGAACUGGUGAAGAGGAUCUUGAAUUUCUUAAUGCAUCCAAAGCCUUCUGGCAAACCAUUGCCAAAAUCUAAAAAAAGUUCUAGCAAAGGCAACAAAAAGGAACGGAACAGUUCUGGAAUGGCAAGGAAAGCUAAGCGAACCAAAUGUCCUGAAAUUCUGUCAGAUGAGUCUAGCAGUGAUGAAGAUGAAAAGAAAAACAAGGAAGAGUCUUCAGAUGAUGAAGAUAAAGAAAGUGAAGAGGAGCAGCCACCAAAAAAGACAUCUAAAAGAGAAAAACCUAAACAGAAAGCCACUUCUAAAAGUAAGAAAACUGUAAAAAGUGCUAAUGUUAAGAAGGCAGAUAGCAGCACCACCAAGAAGAAUCAAAACAGUUCCAAAAAAGAAAGUGAAUCUGAGGAUAGUUCAGAUGAUGAACCUUUAAUUAAAAAAUUAAAGAAACCUCCUACAGAUGAAGAGUUAAAGGAGACGGUGAAGAAAUUACUGGCCAGUGCCAACUUGGAGGAAGUCACGAUGAAGCAGAUUUGCAAGGAGGUCUCUAUGCUAAAGACAUAGUCACGUCUGCACAACAUGAUCACAAUAAUGUUCAGCAUGUCCGUUAAUAUCGAAAAAUCAGAACCUAACUGGCCAUCGAUAGGGAAAUGUUUAAACUGGUACGUUUGUACUUUUGGAAUUUUAUGUAGCAGUUCAAAAGAACAUGGAAGAACCUUCCAGGUAUUGUCAACUUUUUAAAACAUAUAGAAUAACCCCUUCUAUGUAAAUACAGAAAAACAAUAAUGACAUUGGUACAUUUAUGUGUUUGUGUAAAAACUCGUUUUUAAAGGUCUGGAAGAAUACACAGCGAACUGAUAACUGAUUUUCUCUGGGGGGAGGGACAAGGGCAGAGUGGAGAGAGACGAGUUCUGUGCCUUCAACUUUUAUAAAUACACUUACGUAAUUUUUUAAGGAGAUAUUAACAACAUGGAGAGGUCAGGUGAGAAGGACUUGAGGGGGUAUUUUGGACUCAGGAAGUAGGAGAUAAUCAUUCACGUAAUAAGAGCAAUUUCGAGGAUGGUAAAUGCAAGGAUUAUUUACCCUUGGAUUGAGAAUGAAUGGUGAUGAAAGUAAAUCAAAAGCUUGUGUUUUAAGCAGCUUGCUUUAGAAGGGAAAUAGUAGCUAAAUGGAGGGGGGGAAUACAAGCUGAUAAAAGUUUUUAAGCAGGUUGGGGAAAGAAAGCACAUGCAUGUUAGUUAGGCUUGGAGACAGUGCUGGGACGGCAGGGGAGAGUUACGGAAAGGGUCCGUGCAGAGGUAAGGACAUGAGGAAUAUUGAUGGAUCCAGAUUGAAUAAGGUGGAGGGGGGAAGAGGUAUGUCAGAAAGUUGAAGGAAUGCGUAAUAGUGGCUUCUUGGCCCAAGAGCACAAGGGAGAGAGGGAUGAAGAUGCCAUUGACAGGAGUGAAGGAGGACCUGGUGAGAUACUUGGAGGGAUUGCUGGUGAGACUCUGGCAUUGGAUACCAUGAACUUGAAAUGGGACCAGUCUUUUAGUCUUUAAUUUUUUAAAAAGAUUUUAUUGAUUUAUUUGAGAGAGAGGACGAGCGAGGUGAGGGGCAAAGGGAGAAGUGGGGAGCCUGACUUGGGGUUCCUGAGCUGCCUGAGCUGAAGGCAGACGCUUAAUCGACUGAGCCACCAGGCAUCCCAGGACCAGUCCUUUAAAAGUUGUAUAGAAAAGCUGGUAGUUAGACCAGUUCAGGGUUAGAGUUUUGCAGAGAAAGAACAAGGGCGAACAACUGGAGUGAUGUGAAUGACUGCUUCUAUUCGUAGGAACUGGCAGACUGCAGCCUGUGGGCCAAAUCUAUCUUCCCAUCUGUUUUUGUAAAUAGUUUAAUGUGACAACAACCACAUCCAUUCAUUCCAGCGUUGUCUGUGGCAGCUAUCACACGACAAUGGCGUGGUUGAGUGCUUGUGACAGAAACUGUGCUCCUGGAAAAGCUGAAACCAUUUACUGUCUGGCCCUGUACUGAAGCAGCUUGCUUACCUUCACUGCACCUCAGGAGUGAAGCCUGCGGGUGCGGAUGAAGUCAGCCCAGGAGUCAUCGUGAAGUCAGGCAGCGGGGAGCGAGUUGACAAAAGAGACGGACUCCUGAGACCACCCAGAUCCCGGACAUGUCACUUAGGGGAGGGGAUGGAGUGGUGGAGCGGAGGCUGAAGUCACCAGAGUUCACGUUGGGGAGCCUCAGUAGUGUUGGAGGACCUAACAAAGCAGCGUAAGGAAGUCUCUAGGAAACAUUUGACAGAUAACCUGCCAGUGUAAAGAGCUUAGUCCCCUUACCUAAGAUCUCUGUGUAGGUGUUUGCCUCGCCCGCGUCUGUUACCUCAGCUGAUAUUCCCAGUAGCGUAUACAACAGUGAGAAUGUUCGCGCGCUAGUUUAUCGUCUGCUCAGUGCAGUUGUCUGGUGAGCGAGAACAGUUUGCGCACACGUGCAGCUGUUUGUAUGUGGCAUCCAUUUCUUCUUUAUCCAAAGGUAUAAAGAAUAGCACUGGAUUUCUAAAACUACUUUUAAC